AAAAAGCCUAAAACACGCCAAAAAUAUCUUAACCCAAACCUAUGCUUGCUGAGCUUCGGGAAGCGCGCGGCUGGAAAGAUGAGCGAAAGUGGUUAACCGUUAUCUUAGCGCGGACCAACUCCUAUGGCACAUCGAUAUCUGUCUAUUUGGCCAGUAUCUCUGUCCAGCCACUUCUUGUCGCCAGGUAGAGGCUGUAAAGCCAGGGUGGAAUUAUAUUACUAGCAAUGAAUUAUGAUGGAUUUGUAGAUGAACAACGUGGGGAAACCGAUUUAACCUAAAUUAUUGUGUGAAUUUGUGGAAUUCAUAAAGUUUAGCACAUUUGACUUUUAGUUGAUUUUGACUUUUAUGUUAGUGACUUUACAAAACUGAAGGCUGGAGAACAUACUGAAGUCCCAGGGGACAAACAGAAGGGGUAGGAUAGAAGUCAAAAUUAUGACUGAAGGAAUUGAGAAAAUAUUAUCAUGGCUUGGAUUUUGAAGGUGAGUACAGAUAAAAAUUGCUGAUUACCUUUCAUCAGUUUUCAAGUUGCAUAAUUCAUGAGCAUUUUCUCAAACUCUGUCACAUUGAUACAUGUAAGAGAUGAGAAUGUCAUACUUGGCACAUCUACAACAAUUAGAAAAUUUCCCAGGUCCCAUGCCAUUUGGAUGAUAAAUUAGGGCAUAUGUCUAUGGUAGGAGAAGUUUCAAACGCUUUGUACAUGUACCAGAAAGGAGGCAAUAUUUCUUUGCCAUUAUGGACAACUUAACACCAAAGUUACAAAAAGUUUUUGCUAUAUCGAUACAUUAGGGAAAACUGAGUAAUUUUUGUGGGGAUAAAUGAUUGGUGAAAAAUGUAACAGUUUAUAUAUGUGUGUGUGUGUGUGUUUGUGUGCGUGUGUGUGUGUGUGUAUGUAUGAGCACGUAUGUGUGUUCUGUGCGCAUGUGUGUGCAUGUGUGUGCGUGUGUGUGUUUGCGUUCAAGUCAGUACUAUGAAUCAAUCUGUAAAACUGAAGAAUGCUCCAGUACAGUAAAAAAAAAGAGGAAGUUAAAAUGUUGACACAGCGUGAUUCAGGGUAUUCCCCUGCAGUCCAAUGGGUUAGGUGCCAAGAGGUUAAGAUGGCAAUUUCUCUAUGAUCUGAUGACAACUGUUCAUGUACAUGUAUGUUGUGACAUGUGUGGAUUUAAUUGCAUGGUUUUAGCAGUGCUUUCUUGCCAGGAAAUGAUAACAUAACACAGUGAAUAUGUAUUUUGUUAUUCUACCGAUACUUAAAACACUACAGAAUUGUUUCAACACGAACUUUAAAAAUGUGAAAACCUGUUUUCCUCCCUGCAGCAAGAUAACACUACAGUGCCAUGGAAGUAAUAUUAGCAUUUAUAAGGGUGGUAUUUCACUGGCGUGUGGUAGUUUGUGUGCAUGUCACAUAAUUGUUGGAAUUCUAUUAGUGUGUCUAAUGCAGCCUCCCUUAUUCCAGGCAUCAUAAUAGUGUUGUAAUGGAGUCACCUGGACCACAGGAACAUCUUUAAGAAUGGACCAGCAAAGUGUUCCAGAGUUCAGCCAAGCAUUGGAAGAUGUGCUCCAGAAGACAAGAAAGGGACUGCAGCAGAUGUCAUCCCCUGCUGGUGACCUUUGUCUGGGUAGCAGACUGCAAGUUCACUACGAGAGUCUGAAAAGUAACUCAGAUGUUGACUCAUGCAGUUCCAAUCGUGUCCUGGAUUUUGCUGUAUCGAACAGUAGAUAUCAGCUGGAGAUCGAACUCUUGCGGCAACAGUUGUCACGGAGUGAAAAAGUCAACCAAAACAGCCAGGAGGAGAACACAAGAUUGCGGCAACAGUUGUCAAACAGUCAGCAGGGUCACAAUGCACGUGUGGAGAGAAAGAUAAGAGAACUACAAGAUGAGGUCAGUGAAGGAAGAAGAAAUCUACAGAAAGGGGAGAAAGAAAGACAAGACCUCCGUGAGGCAUUGCAGUUGUCAGAGAGUAAGGUGAAGCAGCAACAGAUCGCUAAGGAAAGGGCCUGGGCAGACCUUGAUACCCGGAUGGCUGCUACAAAGAAACUGGUGGAGGAUUACACUGCUGCAGCUGAGAUGGCCCAGCAGGAUCUCCAACAUCUCACAGAGCGUGUCAGGGAGCUUGACAUGCUUUUGAGGAGCUUCUACCCUCUGCUCCCUAGUACUGAGAUGGUGGAAACAUUUCUGCAUGACAUCCCAGUCCUGAAAGACUACUGUCUUCUUGUUAGUCACCUUGAAAAGUGUUCAAGCUGUCUGCAAGUGGUGCCUUUGUUUUGGCACGUAAAGACUUGUGACAAAGUUUGUUGCGAAAAGUGCAAAAUGUUGGUGAACUUGUAUAUCGGGCACGUAGCGCACUGCCAGGAAACAACCUGUAAAGUGCCAUACUGCAUGCACUUUAAAACACGUUCGCAACAGCUUAACUUGUCAACACAAGACCUUGCGACAAAUCAACAAUUCCACAAAGAAGUCCUGAGCUGUCUCCAAAGAGUCAUUCCCCAAGCAACUGAGAGUGAUGGCAUCCUUCUCCAUCAACCUGGUGAGCAUGACCCCUACCACAGGCGCCAAAUGACACCUGCAUUACAGACGCUUCUGAGACUUUUCUCAUCACAUGUGAAACCAGUCCAGGAACUUAUGGUGUGGUGUUUUAAACACCACAAGGAAUGGUCCUCGCUUAGUCACGAGAAGAACUGCCCAGUGUGCCAUAUCUUUCAGCCCAUCCUACGAAGGUGUGGCACCUGUCAUGUUGAUAUGUGUGAGACAUGUGUAAUAGCUUGUUGUGCAUGUGCAAAGUACACUCUGCAGUGUCGCAAUGACAGUUGCACAUUUCCAUUCUGGAACACUCCUUUUAAAACCUCAGUGUGCCACAGAGAUACAACUUAUCCAUCUCGAGUUAAACUUACAAUGUUCAGGGAAGUUGUCCGUCAGAUUUGCUAUGCUUUGCUGACUUCUAAUUCUCAUUAGUAUUAUAUUACCAUCAUUCAUAUGAUAUAUCUUAUACGUCAAAAUAUAACCAUGGUGAUUAGCCAGACAUUUGCUGAAUUGUUACAUUUUUUUUUUCUUUGAGUGCAUCUGUGUGUUUUAUACCUUGACAAUUGUUGAAGGGAUAGGCACUAUGCUACUGUGCUGUGAAAGUAUAGAUAGACAUGUUACAUAGUGUCCAUGCCUUUAUUUGUAUUGUACUUUUUUUUUGUUUACAUAUUAAACACAUUAGAUUAUAAGAUUUUCAUCCAAUCCUCCUUGAAAAUAUUAUAAUCAUGGUAUCUUUAAAAAAAAGAACUUUAUAACAGACUGCAUGAAAUGCUAAUGUCUGAUUGAUUCAGCCCAAGGUUGAAGGUAGUUUGGAUGGAAUUGCUACUGGAGAAGAUGGUAAAGUAAAAUUUGUAUGUAAAUGUAUUGCAAUGUAUUAUGAAGAAAGCCAAUUGUGUAAUAUAUGAGAAUUGUACAUAGUACUAGCAUCCAAAAUAUGUCAAUUUGACACAAAUAUAAACAUAAAAUAGAAAUGUGACUAGUCAACAUUGUACAUUAUUUGACAUUGACAAGCCAUACAUUCUUUACUAUGAGAAUAAUUAUUGCUGCCAAAUGUCAGUCUGUACAUACAUGCUGCAACAUUCAGACCUUAUUCUCUGAGUUGAGCCUGAUUCAAUUUGGUAAAUUUAAGCACGUAAUCUGAUAUUUGUAAAAGUUAAUGUACUACUAAUAUUCAAAUGUCUGGUUCAUGCAAAAAGCAAGGCACAGUAAAAAUAAAUGUUUUAACAUUAUAAUUGGACAAUAUUUGCCAAUUGUCUGCUUAUUUCGAGUCACAGAAAGUAG